CUCGGAGACACAACAUCCACGUCCACGCACAGCAGUAGAGCACUCCCUAGUCCCAAGCACGUACAGCACAAGAGAGCAAGAGACACGUACACGAGGCACACAAUGGCAGCUGUCCAGGUGUUGUCGACGGAGAUGGUCGUCCCGGCGGAGGCAACGCCGGGGGCCGCCGUCUGGCUGUCCAACCUGGACCUGGCUGCGCGCCGGGGCUACACGCCCACGGUCUACUUCUACCGGCCGAACGGUGAGCAUGCGGGCUUCUUCGCGGCCGACGCCGUCAAGGACAGCCUCGCCAGGGCUCUGGUGGUGUUCUACCCGCUGGCCGGCCGCCUCGGGCUGGACGGCACCGGGCGUGUCCAGAUCGACUGCACCGGCGAGGGCGCGGUCUUCGUCACCGCGCGCUCGGAUCACUACGCGCUCGAGGACCUCAUGAACGAGUUCGUGCCGUGCGGCGAGAUGCGCGACCUGUUCGUGCCUCCGACGCCCGCACCGAACGCGCCGUGCGUCCUGCUGCUGGCUCAGGUCACGUACCUGCGCUGCGGCGGUGUCGUGCUCGGCCUGGCGCUGCACCACUCCGUCGUCGACGCCCGGAGCGCGGCGCUCUUUGUCGAGACGUGGGCGAGCGUCGCCCGCGGCUCCACCAAAGAGGACGCGCCCGUGCCGCCUAGCUUCGACCACAGGCUGCUCGCCGCGCGCCAGGAGCGCGCGGUGCCGUACGACCACCCGGAGUACAAGGCGGAGCCGGCCCCGGUGCACGCGGCAACCGCGUCCACGUACGCGAGCGCCCUGAUCACGGUCAGCAGGCAGCAGGUGAGCGCGCUAAGGGCGCGGUGCGCAGGGGCGUCCACGUUCCGCGCCGUGGUGGCGCUGGUGUGGCAGUGCGCGUGCCGCGCGCGGGGGCUGCCGCUGGACGCGGAGACGCGGCUCUACUCCAUGAUCGACAUGCGCCCGCGCCUGGCGCCGCCGCUCCCGCAGGGCUACUUCGGGAAUGCGGUGAUCCGGACGUCGACCGUGGCCACCGUCGGGGAGGUGGUGUCUAACCCGGUGGACUAUGGCGCUCGGCGGGCGCGCGCGGCGACGAGCCAGGGGGACGAAUAUGCGCGGUCGCUGGUGGACUACCUGGAUGGCGUGGACGUGAUGAACCUGCCACGAAGCGGCAUCUCUCGCGCGCACCUGCGCGCCAUCAGCUGGAUGGGAAUGUCGCUCUCCGACGCCGACUUCGGAUGGGGCGCGCCGGCGUUCAUGGGCCCCGCGCUCAUGUACUACAGCGGUUUCGUGUACGUGAUGAACGCGGCCGGCAAGGAAGGCGCCCUCACGCUCGCGCUGUCGCUGGAGCCGGAGAGCAUGCCGGAGUUCAGGAAGGUGUUCACCCACGAGCUGGCCCGUCUCGAGGUGUAGUACACUACGUACCUAGAGGCACGACCAUCGUCGACGUUCGUUGCAUGGAUUGUAUAGUGGUUGCGUGUGCUAUAGGCUGUUUUAUUUUUCAUAGUAGCUACGUAUACGUAAGUUGAUUGAAUUUGUAGUUUGGGUAAGUAGAUUCUGUGGAAGAAAGAACCGUUGGGAGAGAAA